UUUCUAUUUGUCACUAGCUUAGUUUGUGUUGCUCGUUAAAAUUCGAUCGCGAUGGCAAGUGCAGUGGCUAGAUUAACGGCUAAAAGUGGCGCUAUAGUCGCCCAGCGAUCGAGUGUGGGCGUGACCAUUGGCCGAUCGGUCAGAUUCGCCAGCAGUUCGACGCAAUCCAUCGGAAUUCGGGGCCACAAAACGCGACGUCUGCUGACUUUUGUGGGCGGCAGUGCCGUUUCGUUGGCCGCCCUGGCGGCUUUCAUCAAACUGCGGUCCGCGGAAAACCCAGUGAAUGCAGUUAGCCUCAAGAGGCGCAUGCGCGACGAUAGCGAGCUGGAGAACGUGAAGCUCACGGCCCGGGAGCGCCGGUUCAUCAAGUUCGCCUCCGUGGAGUUCGACGAUCAGCUCUACAUGACCCCGCAGGACUUUCUGGACUCCGUGGUGGAGCAGGAACCCAGACCUCGUCUUAAGCGUCGACAGCUCUCCAGCGACGAGGUGGAUAAAUACAAGGAAAACACACCUGCUCUAAAGAAGGGUUCAACUCGUCUAUUUCGCAAUCUUAGAGAUAAAGGCAUUGUCUCCUACACGGAAUAUUUGUUUUUGCUCUCUAUUCUAACAAAGCCCAAAUCUGGCUUCCGCAUUGCCUUCAACAUGUUCGACACCGAUGGAAACCAGCGGGUGGACAAGGACGAGUUUCUAGUGAUAAUUUCCAUUUUGGCCGGCGCUUUAAAAGACACUCAAAAUGUCGAUCCACAAACCAAGCAAAUUCUAUCGCGUUUAGUUUCCUACGAUGAGCAAAGUCAAAUGAUGAAACCCAUGGCAGUGAACCCUCAAGCGAAGAGGGGUCUCAUGGAGCGCAUUUUCAGCGGUGCUUGGAAGGAGAAGCACGGCGAACAAGAGUCGGAGGAGGAGCCCGAGUCCCCCACGCCCGCUCCCCUCGAGCAGAGCUAUGUGAACGAUGGCGAAGGACUGCAGCGACGUCACAUGGUGGCCACCACCCUGCAGCUGCACUUCUUCGGGAAACGGGGCACUGGGGUGAUCAACUAUGACAACUUCUACCGCUUCAUGGACAACCUGCAGACGGAGGUGCUCGAGCUGGAGUUCCACGAGUUCUCCAAGGGCAACAGUGUCAUCAGCGAACUGGACUUCGCCAAAAUCCUGCUGCGCUACACAUACCUGGCCACGGAUGAGUAUGAUGUCUUCCUGGAGCGCCUGCUCGAGCGGGUGAAAGAUGAGAAGGGUAUAUCCUUCCAUGACUUUCGGGACUUUUGCCAUUUCCUAAACAAUUUAGAUGACUUUACCAUCGCCAUGCGCAUGUACACUCUAGCCGAUCGAGCCAUUUCGAAAGAUGAGUUCUCGCGCGCUGUGAAGAUCUGCACCGGCUACAAGCUCAGUCCGCACUUGAUCGACACCGUGUUCGCCAUCUUCGAUGCGGAUGGCGAUGGCCUGUUGUCCUACAAAGAGUUCAUCGCCAUCAUGAAGGACCGUCUGCACCGCGGCUUUAAAGUAAGUGGUCGUUUCUUUGAUUACAACGAAGCUCUGGACGCCUACGAUGAACCCGCUUACCCCCUGUUUGUGGCCUGGCGACAUCGGGUGUGCCGGCACCUGGACUACUUCAUCGACAGCGAUGCACUUUGGCACUGAUUUUGUAGCUUAGUUUAGUUACUUUAACCACUACCUCGUUUUGUUUGCGGCUUUUGUCCUAAUCUCGCUGACCAGCAUUGAAUGUGUGUGUUUUUGUCUCGCCUGUAACCGUUUUUGCUUUAAGCUAUGAUUUUUAUCUCUUAAUUUUAGCUUAUUUAUUAAGUUAUUAACCCUACUCAAUGACAUUUAUUUUAUAAAUUUUUAAUUUUAGUUUUACUUGAAUUGGCCAUACAACCAUUAAACACUGAUAUUGACACAGAA